GCCGCACUGGUCACACUGUCUGCAGACCGUUUUCACGAAUCUAUUUUUUAUUUUGCGAGGAAAAAGUGCAAAGCGAUAAGUGACGGAAAAGACUUUUAUGACCGCGACAGGUGUAACUGAUUAAGCACCCGUCACCGAGAGUGCGUUACUAGCGAUCCGCAGCUACAUAAUUCGCCGCGAGAACGCAGAGCAUCUCCGGCCCUCACACAUACACACGGCCCCUGGCUGUGGCGAAAAGACGCUGUGCGUGUGUGUGUGCGUGUAGACAAUUGACUUGCGUGGUGCCGGGUUACAUAUAUUUUUAUUGAAUUUUUCCCCCAUCGAAGGAGCAAACAAAUGUGCCUGGCCUAGAGGGGACACGAUUUGGCGGCAGUGCACCGAAAUCCCCUCCCGAUAGAGACUCAGCGAAACGCAUCCAAGAUGAUGUUCACGGGCACCAACCAGCAGCAGGACACCAGGUUCAGCGAUAAGGAGAAGAAGCUGAUGAAGCAGAUGAAGUUUGGCGACUGUCUAAAUAAACGGGUGGACAUGUCCAAGGUGAAGUUGGACGUACUGCGGCCGUGGAUCAGCAAGAAGAUCACCGACAUCCUGCACAUUGAGGACGAUGUUGUGGUGGAGUUCGUCUACAACCAGCUGGAGGAGGAGAAGUACCCGUGCCCCAAGAAGAUGCAGAUCAACAUGACUGGCUUCCUCAACGGUCGCAAUGCCCGCCAGUUUAUGGGCGAGCUGUGGGCACUGCUGCUCUCCGCGCAGGAAAGCGACUCGGGCAUACCCGCAGAGUUUAUACAGCAGAAGAAGGACGAGAUACUCAAGCGCGAGGAGGAGCAGCGGCAGAGGGAUCGCUCUCGCUCCCGUUCCCGCUCUCGUUCACGAUCUCGCUCGCAGCGUGCCAGCUCUCGCCGGGAUAGGCAACGGGACCGCUCGCCCAACGGCGGCAAGUCAAAGUCCCGCUCACGCUCCCGUUCCACCAAGCCGGCUAACAACGGUUCAGUACCCAGUGCAGCCCGCGAGGCGGCGGCCAAUGCGGCAGCACGCAUCCGUAAGCGCGGCUCCCCGACCGCCCGCCCUUCCUCCAGGGAGCGACGUUCCAGCCGUAGGCCGCGUUCACGCUCGCCGCGCCACUCCCGCCAGAGGUCACGCUCUGGAUCGCGAGGCUCUGCGAAGAAGACUGGCUCCACGGAGCCCGCACCCGCCAAGACUGUAAAUGGCCGCCACUCGACGGACAAGUCGCCGGCGCUGCCGUCUGCCAAGGGCAAGGCCAAGUCGCGAUCACGAUCUGGUUCCCGAUCCCGAUCACCGCGCAGCCGCUCUCGCUCGGGCAGUGCCAAGCGUUCCCGCUCACGCAGCUCCUCGCGUCGCAGUCGACGCCGAGGACGCUCCAGCAGCAUCUCCUUGUCGCCAGAGCGCAAUCAGGAUCAGUUUGAGCAUCGGCGCAACAAGAACAGUGUGCAGAACAAGCGGCAGUACCGCAACAAUCGCGGCGACUCGGCCAGCUCCAUGGAGCGCGGCAACGAUCGAGGCAGGCAAUUUGGAGGAGGCAAUCGACGAGGCGGCGGCGGCAGGCGCUUUUCACCGCGCGGCCGCAGCCCCAUGCGUCAGGAUAAUGGUGGAAACCGUUUCCAGCGCUCCAAUUCUCGCCGUCGAUCCCGAUCCCGGCGACUAUCACGAUCACCCAUGCGCUACUCGCGCUCCCCAAGACGCUUCAACAACAAUCGUCGCCGCUCGCCCAUGAUGAACUUUAGGGGUGGUGGACGCGGUGGCCGUGGCGGCCAGCAUCGCCAGAUGUGGCAACAUCGUGGUGGCUCACCCAAUUUCCGAGGUGGUGGCCGCAUCCAUUGGCAGGCCAGGCAAAGUCCUGGCGGUGGCCGGGGAGGAGGCGGAAUGGGACGCUUCGACAGACGCCAGUCGCCGCAGCAAAACCGUUUCAACCAGCGCGACCACCGACAGUCCCCCAUGCAUCAGGGUCACCAGCAGUUCCGCAAACAGUUCUCGCCACCCUCGGGUCCUGGACGACGCUUUUCCUCCCCCCAGCAGAGGCGAAACUCGCGCGAUCGCCGCCCCAACUCCCGGGAGAGGCGCAGUUCUCCGGGCGGUGGUGGGCAUAUGAAUCGCUGGGAUAAUCCGCCGCCAGCCAGGCAAAGGCGCUCCUCAUCGGCUAGCUCCGUUGAGCGAGCAGGUGGUCGCCCGCCUCAGCAGCGACAGCGCAGUCCGAGUCCGCCAGAGAGGCGGGGGCGUAGCCGCAGUCGUAGUCGCAGUCGAAGCCAUAGCCGUCAGAGGAGCCGCAGUCGUUCCAGUCCGCGACCCAGCCGCAAGCGUGAAAGUCCCGUGGGACGAUCAUCGGUGGAGUUCGCUGGGCCGGCGCUAAACACCAUCGAUCUCUGCCGCGAAGAGCAGCAGCGUAAAUCCAAGCCAGAUGCAGUCAUUGUGGUGGAACCUUCUCCGGCUCCUGCCCCGGCUCCAGCUCCAGCUCCGGCUCUCGCCAAGCGCAACAGCUACGCCAGCCUGUCCCGCACGCCUUCUCCGUUCCUUAAGCCCCAUGAGCGCCUCGCUGCCAAGGCGGCACCAAAGAAAUCCCGCGACCAGAGCCAAAGCAGCAGCUCGGACAGCAGCGCAGACAGCGAUAGCGAUGAACAGCAACAGCAGCAGCCGCGCCGCAAAAAGCAACCGCCGCCGGCAGCAGCCGAGACUGCAGUCAAAGGCAAAGCCAAGGAGAAGGCGCGACGCAGCUCGGACAGCUCCAGCAGCAGUGAUCAGAGCGAUGACGAGGAUAACUCCAGCGGCGAUGAGCGCCAAAAGAAGAAGAAGCAGCAAAUGCAGAAGGAAAAGGAGAAGGAGGCGGCAGUAGCGGCAGCGGUCCUUAAGGGAAAGGAGCGCGAGAAGGAAAAGGAGAAGGAUAAGCGACGAUCGGAAAAGAAGUCCAAGCGAGCUGUUACAUCCAGCGGGGAUGAGGAUGAGUCCUUGGGCAGCAGCCAACGCAAACGCAGCCACAAGAAGCCGCGAAGAGACGAGGCUGGUGAAGACGCCAACAGUGACUCCGAAGACGAGGCAGUGGCAAAGAAGAGCAAGCGCAAGAAGGCCAAAAAGGCGGCGGAAUCGAGCGACAGCGACUCCGAGGCCUCCUCAAGGCGAAAGCAUAAGCAUAAGAAACACAAGAAGCACAGCAAGAAGAGCAAGAAGCAUAAGAAGCACAAGCGGAAGAGCAGUGCCGGCAAAUCGCGGGCGGACAGCAGCUCCGCAGGCAGCAGUGACGAGGAGGAGCAGCAGUCGACCGCCAAACGGAAUGGCACAGGCAAGCUGCCGCUACUGCUAGCGGGCGGAUCGGGGCCGGGGAUCAUUAAUGAGGACCUGGAGAAGCAGCUACGGGAGCGGGCACUCAAAUCGAUGAAAAAGCUGGACUGAACGACAGACUAAGUGCGAGAAAAUUGGCCCUGCCCUCUCUACGCCACUCAUUGACAUGGAGACACACAUUCACUCAUGCCGCACACACUCACCCCCGCCCUCCCCACACUCACACACAGACAGACGUACGUAGCCAUUAAAAUAGAUUUAUACAUUUAAAGCAAAAACUAUACAUUCAUUAACUGCAUACAUUGUAAUUCUUAAAAAUGUAUUUCAUAUAAAAUUAAGUUCUUUCGCCUAAACGAGAAACCGUAGCGUCUAAACUAGCGAGCGAAUGAAUACAGUUUGUAUUAUGUACAAAAACUAAAGCAAAGAAUAAUGAAGG